AUGAGCAAUGAUCAAUUCCAAAGAGCGCAAAAUGCGAUGAAUGUUGAUCAAAGACAAUUAGUUGUUCUUGUCACAGAGAGUAUUAAGAAGCAACUCAAUGGUGAUAUGAAACGGGAGAAAAUUUUCGUAACUGGUGGAGCAGGCACCGGGGAAACUAUUGAAAAACCAUGUCAACCGAUGUUAUGGAAAACCGGUGGUAAAAGUCGGUGCUCUCACUGGAGUUGCAGCACGGUUAAUCGGUGGUACAACGCUACACCGGCUGUUAAAACUACCAGUACAAAAAGAUGGAGUAAUUAUGAAAUUUCUAUGAUACCCUAUGAGAUGCUUUGUAUGAUCGACUCUCGUUUGCGACAACUGAAAAUCGCAGACGCUUGUUUUGGUGGCAUAAACGUGAUACUCUUUGGAGAUCUAAUGCAGUUACCACCUGUUAGAGGACAUCAAGUUUUUCAUCAACCAGAUCAUAUGAAGCCAGCUAGCGGUCUGGUUGAACUUAAACAAAACAUGCGUCAACAAGGAGACACAACAUUUAUAGAUGUACUUAAUGCCCUACGAGUUGGAGAAAUGACGUCUAGACAACUUGAAAUCCUUCUGGAAAAAGUUUCAACGGAUGCGACUAAUGAAUUUUCGAUUGAGAAAGCAUUAAGAAUUUACCCAACGAAUGAUCAAGUUGCUAGACACAAUGAAAAAGUUCUCCAGAGUUUUCAGAAUAAAGGGACAGUUAUUUAUACAAUAAAAGCACAAGACCAACUUAUUGAUGCCACUCGUAAUUUAGGUAACAAGGACUUAAAUUCUGUGAUACCUAAUGAUAUUAAUAAAACAGGAGGUCUUCCGAAAGAACUGAAAAUAUUCGUAGGGGCUAAAGUGAUGUUGAGGUCGAACAUUGACGUGUCAAAAGGUUUAGUGAAUGGCAAUAUGGGUUUUAUCACUGAAAUCAUCUGGCCAAAUUUUCGCAGAGACCAACUAUACGCGGAAGACAUCCCGUCAGUCCGUAUCGACUUCGGUUCUGAUGGUGUGCACAUGAUUAAACCGAUAUUGAUACAGUUCCCAGCGAAAUAUAGCUAUGGAACUGCUGAGAGACGGAUGUUGCCCUUAAUCCUGAGUUGGGCUUCGACCGUUCACAAGAUGCAAGGUUGUACAGUUGAUCAUGCAGUCAUUUAUCUAGGCUCGCGACUGUUUGCUGCUGGACAGGCCUAUGUAGCACUUAGUCGUGUAAGAUCUUUAGACGGUAUGCGGAUCGAAGAACUUGAUUGCUCUAAGCUAACUGGAAAAACUCCAUGCAACAGUGAGGCUUUAAAUGAAAUGAUUAGAUUACGAAAUGAUUCGUAA